AUGAGUGAUCCAUUUGAUUUAGCAUAGGAUGCCUUGGAGGCUUAAGAUUUUAAGAAAGCUAUUGAAAUUGCAACAGAGCAAGCCACCUUAGACCAAGAUUAUGAGUAUUUUUACAGAAAACUAAUUGGGCAAUCUUUACUUGGCGAUUAUUUAUUGAAGUCAUAAACAUAAAAGGACUUAAAAUUAUCAAAGCAGGCUCACGAAGAAUUAUUAAAAAGUUGGGCACUAAAAUAAGAGGAUAAUGAAGAAGCAUUAUUAUACUUGGCUGAUGUUGAAUUCUAAUUAGGUAUGUAUGAAGAAGCAAAGGCUCAUUAUUUAUAAUUGUCUGUACUUGUACAGAAAGAAAGUAAAUAAUAGGCUACUUUAUCUGCAUGCUAUACAGGUUUGGCUGAUUGUGAAAUGAAGAUGAAUAAGUUUGAAGAAGCAAUAAAAUAAUAUUAAAAUGUUAUCGACAGAAAAGAUAAAUAAGAAAAUUAAGAUUAUGGUUAAAUCUAUAGAAAAAGAGCAAGUUGUUUUUAUAAUAUAAAUGAUUACAAGAGUGCAGAAGCAGAUAUCAAAUAAGCUCUUUUACUAAAUCCAAAAAUGGUUUAACUUUAUGCGUUACAAUCAAGGAUAUUUGAAGCAUAAAACAAAUAUAAAGAAGCAGAAGAAUUUUUGAAUAAAGUUCAUAAAGAUUGUUUAAAUGAUCCAGUUAUUCUUGAAGCUAAAGGUAAGAUCUAUCUUCAUCAAUUAAAAUAUUCAGAUGCUGAAAAAAUCUUUUCAUAAAUUAAAGGUGUAGAAGGAUAGUUAGGAUUGGCUCAAUCAUAUUUGAAAUAAAAGAAAUAUCCUUAAGCUAUUACCUAAUAUGAAGAAAUUAUAAAGUAAAGUCCAUAAAAUUUGGGUGCUCUCAAUAAUUUGGGUAUCUGUUAUUUGGAAAAUUAGAAAUUGGAUGAUGCAAAAUUAAUGUUUGAAAGAGUAACAGCAUUAAGUCCAAAUGAUAUGAUUGCCAUAAGUAAUUUGGCUGAUAUAGAAUUUAAAUUGGCUUAAUAGAAUAAGGAUGGAAAAUAAGAAGAUCAUAUAAAAGAAACAAUUCGUUUAUGUGAAAUUGUUACUAAAUCACCAGAUCCUUUUGAAAGAGCUGUAUCUUUUAAUCGUUUAGGAGCUUGCUAUUAAAUUUAAAAGAAAUACAAAGAAGCUGAAGAAGCAUUUAUAAAAAGUAUAGCUGCUGAACCAAGAUUUGUAUUAGCAUGGGCAAAUAAAGCAUAAGUAGAAUUAUUAUUAGAUAAACCUGGAGAAUCUUUAGCAAGUUUAAAGAAAUCUGAAGAAUUGUUGAAAGAUGAUUUUUCUAAAAGAAACUUGUCUGAUGCUAAUAUUAACUUUAUUUAAUAAGGACUUAAGAAAAUUGUUUCAUUACAAGAGAAUUUUGGAAAAGCUGCUGAUGAAAUUAAAGCUAAAAUGGAUGCAAUGCUCAAAAGACCUAAUGUAUUGGCUGGUCAUAAAAAUAUUACAAAAGAAUAUGAAGAUUUAGAAAAACAAAGAAUUGAAAUGCUUAAGAAAUAAUAUGAAAAAAUAUAAACUAAUUAAGGGAAAUCUGAAGGAGAUGAUAAAGAUUAUGAAGCAUUGCAGUAGUAAAUAGAAUAACUAAAGAAAAAGAUUGAUAAUUAAUCUAAAGAAAUUGAUGAAAUUGAAAAGAAAUAAAAAGAAUAAGCUAAAAGAACUGCAGCUUUAGAAUAAAGAGUUGAUAAAAUGAGAGAUACUUUAAGAGCUGCAGGUGUUUAUGAUUAAGGAAAAAUUAAAGUUUGGAUGAAUGAGAAUAGAAAUACAGAAGAAGGUAGAUAUGCAAAAGCUUUUUAUUGGACAUUGCUUAAUUAUAUUGAUUCAUAUAGGGCUGCUAGUACAGGAAUAUUAUAGACAAAUGUAGAACAUGCUGAAAUAGAUAACAAAGUAAGCACAGGAGUUACAUUAGCAAAAAAAGCAUUAGAAGUAGGAUCAUCACUUUGUGAGAGUUUACCUUUGGUUGGUAGUAUUUUUAAAGUAAUUGAUGGUGCAAUUGAUUAUUGUUAUUCAGAAUAUAAAUAGAAGAAAUUUGAGGAUAAAGUAAAUUCUAUAAAUAAAAUCAUUAUGGAAAAUCAUACAGCCAACACAUAAGAGGAUUUAAGUUAGGUUAUAACAAAAGCAGCUAUUGAAAUAGCUAAAAAGAAAUCAUCUGCUAAAGUGUUCAUUUAAAUAUAAUUUGAAUUAGAAAAUCCUAAACCACCUGGUAUGAUUGAUAAAAUAACUGGAUUCUUUACUUCUAAAAUUAAUUAAAUUAGAGAAUAUGCUUUAGGUAAAUAAAUUGAACUUUAUGAUUCUGUUGGUGGAGGAGAAGCAUUAAAAGAUGUUAUACUUUGUUUGGCACAUUUAUAGAAAAAUUUUGCAGAGGUUAUUAAAAAAUCUGAAACAAUUUUAUUAGAUGUUUAGAUUGAAUAAAUUGUAACAGAAAAAAUCUAGACUCUUUUAAAGGAUGUAAAGGAAGUACCAUAAACUUUAGAUCCAAUUAUGGAAGAUGAUUGGGAAGUACCAGAAUAAACUCCAGAAUAAAUUAAAUACCUAUAAGAGGAAAAGGCUAAAAAAGAAUAAUUAAAAUAAGAGGCUGAAAAGAAAAAAUAAUAAGAAAUUGAUGAAUAAUAAAAGAAAUAAUAAUAAUAAUAAUAAUAAUAAUAAUAAUAAUAAUAAUAAUAAUAAUAAUAAUAACAAUAAUAAUAACCACCACCUUAAUAGCCUCCCUAAUAACCACCUCCUUAAUAAUAAGCUUCAUAACCACCUUCAUAAUAAUAAGCUUAAUAGCCUCCUCCUUAAUAAUAAACAAAAUAGCCCCCUCCAUAAUAGACUCCUGCUUAAUAACAACAAUAAUAAAAUAAUUAAAUACAAUAAGAAGAGGAAGAAAAUGUAUAAGUUUAGUAAUAAAAUAAACCGAUCGAAGUUGGAAAUCAAGAUUAACCAAAAAAAUAAACUGAAGAAGGUAAAUAAUUAUAAUAUAUAUUUAGCUAGAGGUAGUAGUUGCUGUAUAAUUUACUGA